AUGGGAUUUUUCAAAAAACAAGCUACGCCUGCUGUGCAGGAACCCAAGAGGGACCAUUCACCUAGCAGUGGAGGCUCUGAGUCUCACUCGUCCGAGGAAAAGGUCACUGUACUUGCUUGUGCUUUGGGAGCUGUUGCUUCCAUUGGUGGUUUCAUCUUCGGAUAUGUCAGUGGUCAAAUUUCAGGCUUCUUCUUGAUGCCAGACUAUGCCAGCCGCUUCGGAGAGCUACAGAGCGAUGGAUCAUACACCUUCAGCGCGGCCCGUCAGGGCACAAUCGUUGGUCUCCUUUGUGUGGGCGCACUAUUUGGUGCUUUGAUUGCCGGCAAGAUGGCUGAUAAUAUCGGUCGUCGACUUUCAAUCUCACUGUUCUCCUUCUUCAUCUGCAUUGGAACCAUUAUUGAGAUCUCCUCUUCGUACCACUGGGUUCAGUUUGCCGUUGGCCGUCUGGUCACUGGUCUGAGCAUUGGAGCCCUUUCCGUCGUUGUUCCCAUGUACCAAUCAGAAAGUACCCCGGCUGUCAUCCGCGGUGUCAUCAUCUCAUCGUACCAGCUGCUCAUUACCCUGGGUAUCUGGACAGCUGAAAUGGUCAACUGGGGAACUGAGACCAAGGAUUCUAGCGCCGCUUGGAGAAUUCCCAACGGUCUCUCCUUUGCUUGGGCCCUGGUUCUCGGAGCUGGCAUCUUGUUCCUCCCUGAAAGUCCUCGAUAUGCCUACAGCCGCGGUCGUGUUGAUGAGGCUCGCCAGACUAUUGCACGACUCUCUGGUCUCUCACCCGACUCCGACAUUGUCAACCACCAGAUCGCCGAUAUUCAGGCAAAGAUUGACGAGGAGAGCAAGGAUGUGAAUGAUUUCCGUUGGACUGAGAUCUUCACUGCCCCUCGCAUGCUCUACCGCACAGUCCUGGGAGUUGUUCUUGGUGGAGGCCAGCAGCUUACCGGUGCCAACUUCUUCUUCUACUUUGGUACUACCGUCUUUGCUGCCACCGGUAUCAGCAACAGCUACACUACUCAGAUUAUCUUGGGUUCAGUCAACGUAUUCUGCACAAUCAUUGGUCUCUGGGUCAUUGGCCGCUACGGUCGACGCAUUAUUCUCAUCGUUGGCGGCCUCUGGAUGAUGAUGUGCUUCCUUGUGUACGCGUUCGUCGGCCACUUCGCACUCGAUCACGAAAACCCCUUGAACACCCCCAAGGCUGGAUCUGCUCUGGUUACAUUCUCCUGUCUUGCUAUUGCCGCCUUCGCCAUCAGCUGGGGACCGUUGGUUUGGGCUGUUAACGCAGAGCUGUACCCUGCUCGAUACCGAAGUCUCUGCAUGGGUAUCGCCACUGCUUCUAACUGGUUCUGGAACUUUUUGAUCUCAUUCUUCACUCGAUUCAUCACUGACGAUAUUGACUACUUCUAUGGUCUCAUCUUCGCUGGAUGCUGCGCGGCUCUCGUGCUCAUCGUCUUCUUCUUUGUCAUCGAGUCCAAGGAUCGAACCCUCGAAGAGAUCGACAUGAUGUAUGUUCAGCAUGUGAACCCCAUCACUUCGAGCAAAUGGGACUCCGCCAAGUACCGCGAUGAGCUGAGGAGGGGCGGCGAUGCGAGAGACAACGUUCACGACCACGUUCACGAAGAAGCCGAGAAAUAA